AUGGGGAGCUCCUGCAUCAGGUUCAGAUGGCCAAGCUCUACCCUGACGACAAGCAGUUUGUAGACAUGUCACUGUCCGCAUCUCCAGACCAAGUCCUGCAGAGUUUCAGCGCUCUGGCCGCGGCCCACAACCAUGGCAUCCCCAAGCAGCAGCUGCAGGAGUUCGUCCAGCAAUACUUCCAGCCUGUGGGGCAGGAGCUGCUGCCCUGGACCCCUGAGGACUGGAAAGAGAGCCCCCAGUUCCUGCAGAAGAUCUCAGAUUCCAAGCUGCGCGCCUGGGCAGAGGAACUGCACCAGAUCUGGAAGAAGCUGGGAAAGAAGGGACUCCUACCGGGUCAGAGAGGGUCUGCUCCUCUCUGAGAUGGCAGAGACAGUGAGAGGCAUGCUGCAGAACUUCCUGGACCUGGUCAAGACCUAUGGGCAUAUCCCCAACGGUGGACGUAUAUACUACCUGCAACGGACACCCCCACUCCUGACCCUCGUGAUGAAUCGAUACCUGACUCACAGCAACAAUAGCACCUUCCUUUGGGAAAACAUCGAGACCCUGGCCUUGGAACUGGACUUCUGGACUGUGAACAGGACUGUCUCUGUGAACUUGGGAAGAGAAAGUCACAUCCUGAAUCGAUAUUAUGUCCCUUAUGGGGGACCCAGGCCAGAGUCCUACAGCAAAGACGAGGAGUUGGCAAACACCUUGCCGAAAGGGGACCCAGAGGCUUUGUGGGCUGAGCUCAAGGCUGGCGCUGAGUCAGGCUGGGAUUUCUCUUCCCGCUGGCUGGUUGGAAGCCCACACCCUGACUUACUCAGCAGCAUCCAAACCAGCAAACAGGUGCCCGUUGACCUGAAUGCCUUCCUGUGCCAGGCAGAGGAGCUGAUGAGCAGCUUCUAUUCCAGACUGGGGGACGACGCCCAGGCUGCCAAGUACAAAAGCUUGCGAGCCCAGCGCAUGGCCGCCAUGCAGGCUGUCCUGUAGGAUGAGCAGAAGGGUGCCUGGUUCAACUAUGACCUUGAGAACAGGAAGAAGAACCUCGAGUUCUAUCCAUCCAACCUCACCCCGCUCUGGGCCGGCUGCUUCUCUGACCCUGGUGUUGUGGACAAGGCUCUGAAAUACCUGGAGGACAGCCAGAUCCUGACCUACCAGUAUGGGAUCCCCACCUCUCUCCGGAACACAGGCCAGCAGUGGGACUUCCCUAAUGGCUGGGCCCCUCUCCAGGACCUGGUCAUCAGAGGCUUGGCCAAGUCAUCUUCACCUCGGACCCAGGAAGUGGCUUUCCAGCUGGCCCAGAAUUGGAUUCGAACCAACUUUGACGUCUACUCACAAAAGUCAGCCAUGUAUGAGAAGUAUGACAUCAGCAAUGGACAGCCGGGCAGUGGAGGGGAGUAUGAAGUUCAGGAGAGGUUUGGCUGGACCAACGGAGUGGCCCUGAUGCUCCUGGACCACUAUGGUGACCGGCUGACCUCAGGGACCCAGCUGGCUCUCCUGAUGCCCCACUGCCUGGUGGCCACCUUUCUGUUCCACCUCCUGCUGAGCUUCUUGUCAUAGUGACCACAGUGGCCUCAAGGACUGAGCAGGAGGGUGGCGUCACUCCCACGUCUGCCCCCAUCUGGCUCCAACUCCUACCUUAUUAAACCUCUGCACCUGGCCUAGUGUGGUGCUGGCCUGUAAUCCCAGCACUCUGCAAGGCUGAGACAGGACCCCAGCCUGGGUAACUUAAAAAGACCCUGUCUCAAAUAAAACAUUAAAAAAGGCAGGCCUGGGUUCAAUCCCAAGUACCAGCAAAAAAAGAAAAACAAGAAACACCUUCCCUUCCUUCUGCUUCUGACCUCCUUCCUACUUUAUCCUCUGUCCUAUGUGUAUGUAGGGCAGGGCAGUGACAUGGAUGGCAGGGGGUGGGACCUGGGUC